AUGCUAAAAUAUAGAUACAUUAAUAUUAAAUUUUUAAAAUAUAUUUAAUAGUAUUCUUUAAUAAUAUAAAAUAUAUAGUAAAUAAAAUAUAUAAUAAAUAAAAUAUAUAAUAAAUAUUUUAUUUAUAUAUUACUUUUCAUAUAUUUAUAUUAUUAUAUUUAUAUACUUUUAUUAUUAAUAAUUUUUAUAUUUAAAGAUUUAAAUUUAAAAGAGUUUAAAUAUAUCUAUUUAUUAUUAAAAAUAAACAUAUUAAAUCAAAUUAAAAAAAUCAAUAAAUGCCGCCCGUUAAAAUCGACAAGAAAUCUAAAAAAAACGAUUUUAUUAGGAGAUUUUAUGAAUUACUUUCCAAAUAUGACUAAAUUGCUUUUAGCACUUUAGAAAAUGUCGGUGCAUUAUAACUUUAAAAAAUCAGAGGUCUUUAGGAUAAAACAACAUUUUAGUUAUUGGAAAAAAUGUAAAAAAUUUAAACAUAUAAAAUAUAUAUUGCAACAAUAACAAAAAUUAAUAUAAAAUUAAAUAAAAAAUAAAAAUAGACAGUCAUUAGAAAAGCCAUAUAACUUAAAGCUAAUCCCCUCCCAGAAGAUGAAAAAUUAUGAUUGGUUCAGAUAAUUCGGACCUGAAAAACCUUAAUUGAAAAUAUUACUUGAAGGAAACUAUUUAAAGAACAAGAUUGGAUAUAUUUUCCACAACGAAUCUAUUUCAGUAUUAAAGCCUAAAAUCGAAUCAUUUAUAGUUCCUGCUCCUGCUAGAGUUGGCACUAUUGCUUAAAAAGACGUCUUUAUUCCUCCAGGUCCUACUAAUAUGGAUCCUUCAUAGAUUAACUUUUUCCACGCUUUAUAAAUAUCCACAAAAAUCUAAAAAGGUUAAAUCGAAAUUACUAAAGAAGUUCAUGUAUGUGUUAAAGGUAAAAAAUCGGAAACUCUGAAGUUGCUUUACUUGAAAAAAUGAAUGUCUAACCUUUCUCCUACGGUAUGAAUGUAUAUCUUGAUUAUGAUAAUGGAGAUAUACUUAAUGAAGCUAAUCUUUCUAUUGGAACUGAUUAAAUUCUUGCCAAUUUCUCUUCUGGUCUUAAAAAUAUUGCCGCUUUAUCAUUAGAAUGUGGAUACGUUACUGAUGUUGCUGUUCCUCAUUUAAUUGCUAAUGCCUUUAAAAAUCUUGCUGCUAUUGGGCUUGAAACUGGAUAUAAAUUUAAAUAAAUUGAAAAUGCUGGUUAAGCUCCUGUUCAUGCUGCUGCUGCAUAAGCUCCUGCUGCUAAGGCUGCUGCUAAAGAAUAACCUAAAGUUGAAGAAAAAGAACCGGAAGAAGAUUAUGAUAUGGGUGAUCUUUUUGGUUGAUUUUCCUAUUGAGAUGUUUGUAUUAAGUUAUCUUUUUUUUUUUUAUUUAUCUUAAAAAAGAAAAUAUUAAAAAUUAAAGUUUUUUUUAUGUUAUAAUAUAAAAAUUUUUUGUUUUAAACUGUACAUUUAUUUAAACCGAAAUAACA